AUGAUCCAAGCGCCUUUAAAAUGGACCCAGUUGGCGUUCAUGUUGGACUGGAUGUCCUGGUCUUGUUUUGUAUCAAACGUCUCCGGCUCGACUUUGGAGAUCAACGACGACGACCGCCUGCGACGGUGGUCCUUGGUGGCGUGCGACGUCGUGGGAGACACGGUGAGUCGUUCUGGCGACGACGGGGUGGGAAACGGCUCAACAUUCAUCUUGGAAGGAACAAUUAAGAGUGAAAGAGAAUUUAUUGCGCCAGGCGUCGAUAAGACCCGCGCCUGCGUCGAUCGGCGUGCCGACUGCAAAAUAGCAAGGGCCAGCAUUCGGGUCGAAUUGGGGCCCAUACUCGGUGAUGGCGGCGUGUGA